AGACAGUGAAUGCUGACAGCUGGCUGUCAAACUGUCGCUGUCGUUGUCAUACCCUCGAUUUUUCCGAUUUUCCUUCUCCCAUUCCCCUCUCUAACCUACACACUGCUAUCCUCAAAUGAUACUCAUCGUGACCGCCCUCGUGGCCCUGACUCUGGCCCUCUACCUCUACCAUGUCAAUCGUGGAAUGACUCUAGUCCCUAAUGAGGCACUCAAAUUCUCACCUCAUCGCUGGACCGUUGAAGGGAUCAAGAAAGCCUAUGAGCGAAACACUGACUCUUCCGUCGACGUGACCCAGCAUCUGCCCCCUAAGCAGAACCGUCGCUAUGUUGUUGUUGGUGGAUCAGGCCUCGUGGGCAACUGGAUCGUCACCCACCUCCUAGCCCGUGGUGAAAACCCAGCAGCAAUCCGCAUCUUGGAUCUCCAGCCACCUCGCAAGGGAGUCCUAGACCAGGGCGCUGUCUUCAUCAAGACCAACAUCACGGACAAGACAGCAGUCUCUAACGCCUUUACGCAACCCUGGCCCAGCAAGGAAAUCGAGCAACUCCCACUAACCAUCUACCACACCGCAGCCGUCAUCCGUCCAGCAGAGCGCCACAAGGCCCUACUUCACCUCUGUACUACAGUCAACGUCGGUGGAGCUCGUAACGUGCUCGAAGCUGCAAAGGCUGCAGGUGCGAGCUGCUUCAUCGCCACGUCCUCUGGCUCUGUUGGACUGCGACGAGCGUCGUUCUGGAUUCCGCCAUGGAUUAACGCGCCAAAGCGUCUGGUGCAAGUGCUGAGCGAUCGAGCUAGUGACCAGCCCAAGGAGCACGACAAGUUCUUUGGAAACUAUGCUGUGUCGAAGUACCAAGCGGAAAAUCUGGUGCGUGGUGCGGAUAGCGCGGAGUCGGGUUUCAGGACGGGCUGUAUUCGUCCCGCGAAUGGCAUCUACGGUAUUGGUGCGGAUGGCAGUGGUAGCAUUCUUGGACUUUACUUGCGAAGCAGUGGUAAUCCUACCUGGACAGCACCAAUCAUCCAAAACUUCGUUAACGCCGAAAACGUCUCUAUCGCCCACCUCCUCUACGAGCAGCAACUUGUCUCUCCAAUCUCAAAGAAGGACAUCGACAUUGGCGGCCAAUAUUUCGUCGUCACAGACCCCAACCCUCCUGUCAGCUUCAGCGAUGUCUACCUCUUGCUCACCACGCUCUCCAAAACGCCCAUGAACUUCACUUACGUCUCCGCGGUCCCACUAUUCCUCAUGUCAUAUGCUGUUGAGUUCUAUGCCCUCAUUCAUUACCGCUAUUUGCCGUGGUUGUUGCCCCCUCUGUCCUGGGACCUGGCGCAGUUGCAGCCUGCUUUGUUUUCUGUGUCUAAUGUGCACACUAUUGCGGAUGAUUCGCGUGCACGGUUGAAGCCGGAGCAGGGUGGAUUGGGGUAUUCUGCGCCUGUUAACACGCUGGAUGGGAUGUGUAAGGAGGUGGAAGCGUGGAAUCGCAAUGUCACCAAAGAUGCGUGAUUGCAAAUUGCAGAGGGGAUGAAACGUUGUAUGAUGUCCUAAUAAAAAUAACAGGUAUUCAAUGGAUACCAAUCAAGUGCGUACAAAAAUCAAAAUAGUAUUGAAGAAUAUCUAGUAAUACAAGACUCCGAAGUAUCUAUCCCCAACGGCAACAACAUCUUCCAAUGAGCGUUCUCUCAUCCUGAUCCAAGUAGAAAGUACGAGAUCAACUAUUCGUCAUAUCCACCCAGUGCGGAUAAUAUGUCUUGACCAAUUCAGCCACCGACUUAACUUCCAAGACCUCCGGGCAUCCGGCCAACGCACGACGCACAUUCUCCGUUCUAAACAGGGCCAUAUGACCGGGACUUCCGCC